GGUAGAGCUGAGAGGGGGCCCUGUGCAGGGUGUAAGAGGAGGGAGGUGUCCCUGGACAGGGCCUGGGGGGUGUGGGUGGCCCCUUACAGGCCCCAGCAUUGAGGAGGGACCAUAAGCAGGGUCCAGGGGAAGGGAGCUGCCCUUCCAGGCCCGUAGGUGAGGUGGGGGUCCCCCAGCAUGGCCCAGGGGCAGUGCAGAGUGCACCAGCCCCCAGCAGGACCCAGCCCAGCUGCCUGUUCUGUCAGGCAAGAGCCUUCCCGGGGCCUGGGACAGCACUGGGGAAACUGGUGGGUGAGGGAGCCCCCAGCUCUCUCGCUGCUUCCUCCUGAACUGCACCCAGCGAAAGAAGCUGCCUCUGCGUUCAUGCAUAAAAGAUCAAUGGAAAUGGUGUCACCUGCCAAAGAUCAAUGCACCAGCAGAACGUGCAGACCCAGGUCUGGAGCUGUGCAGAGAGAAGCCUAAACCCGGAGCACCGCAGCCCAGCGGCCCUCCCCGAGGAGCAGGACACAGCAGCCAGCCCCAUCUCCUGCCAGGAGUGUCCAUUCACCCCAGAGCAAACACAUGUGGAAGGUCUGAGCCCUCUCCCACUUUGCCGGGACACCAUGGACACGGAAGCCGUGCAGCCCCAGGAGGCCUCGCUGACGGUCAAUGAGCAGGUUAUUGUCAUGUCCAGCCACGAAACCAUCCGAGUGCUGGAGGUCGGCGUGGACACCCCGCUCCCGGCCGAGGAGGACCGGAAAGCUUUGGAGAUACCCCCAGGGGAGGUAGCACGGGGCUCCCCGAGAGAGACCAGCCACCCAGGCAGAGAGGACAACAACCCCCCCAGCACCCAGAGCUCCUGCAGCGGGGAGGCGGCCGGCAAAGCCAAAGCAGCGGCCGGAGCGUCCCCCAGCACCGUUCCCUCCGUCAGCACCUUCAGCCACGCCACGAGCCAGCAGCCGCAGAUGUUGGCCCCGCUGGCCCUGCAGGCCACCCCGCAGGUCUUGACUCAGGAAAACUUAGCAACAGUUGUGACAGGAGUAAUGGUUCCAGCAGGGACAGUUACUCAACCUCUUCUUAUCCCCAUCAGUAUUGCAGGUCAAGUGGCAGGUCAGCAGGGGCUGGCUGUGUGGACAUUUCCUACAGCAACGGUCGCUGCCCUUCCCGGACUGACGGCUGCUUCUCCUACAGGGGGAAUUUUCAAACCACCUAUAGCCAAUCUGCAAGCUGCCGCCGUGCUGAACACAACCACCAUCCAAGCGCCGGUGCAGCCUGCCCAGCCCCUGCCGGCUGCGGUCCAGCCCCGGCCCCCCCUCCAGACCCCCGGCCUGCCGCUGGCGGACGAGGUGAUCGAGUCUGGGCUGGUGCAGGACUUUGACGCCAGCCUGUCGGGCAUCGGCCAGGAGCUGGGCGCUGGGGCCUACAGCAUGAGCGACGUCCUUGCCCUGCCCAUCUUCAAGCAGGAAGAAUCAAGUUUGCCUCCUGAAAACGAGAAUAAAAUUCUGCCCUUCCAGUACGUGCUGUGUGCUGCCACUUCACCUGCCGUAAAGCUGCACGACGAAACACUCACCUAUCUCAACCAGGGACAGUCCUAUGAAAUCCGGAUGCUGGACAACAGGAAAAUCGGGGAGCUGCCAGAGAUCAAUGGGAAACUGGUGAAGAGCAUUUUCCGGGUGGUGUUUCACGACCGGCGGCUGCAGUACACGGAGCACCAGCAGCUGGAGGGCUGGCGCUGGAACAGGCCUGGGGACAGGAUCCUGGACAUAGAUAUCCCAAUGUCCGUGGGCAUCAUUGACCCUCGAGCAAACCCAACUCAGCUCAACACGGUGGAGUUUCUAUGGGAUCCUUCAAAGAGGACUUCAGUGUUUAUCCAGGUGCACUGUAUCAGCACGGAGUUCACCAUGCGGAAGCAUGGAGGAGAGAAGGGGGUUCCCUUUCGGGUCCAGAUAGACACGUUCAAGGAGAAUGAAAACGGGGAGUACACGGAGCACCUGCACUCAGCCAGCUGCCAGAUCAAGGUCUUCAAGCCCAAAGGAGCUGACCGGAAGCAGAAGACGGACAGGGAGAAGAUGGAGAAGCGAACACCUCACGAGAAGGAGAAGUACCAGCCCUCCUACGAAACCACGAUACUCACAGAGUGUUCUCCCUGGCCAGAGAUAACGUACGUCAAUAACGCGCCGUCCCCUGGAUUCAACAGUUCCCACAGCAGCUUUUCCAUUGGCGAAGGCAAUGGCUCUCCGAACCAUCAGCCCGAGCCACCCCCUCCAAUCGCAGAUAACCUCUUGCCCACCAGCACCCCGCAGGAGGCCCAGCAGUGGCUGCACCGAAACCGCUUCUCCACAUUUUCUCGGCUUUUCAGAAACUUCUCAGGUGCAGACUUACUGAAGCUGACCAGAGAAGACGUUAUCCAGAUCUGUGGCCCUGCAGAUGGCAUCAGGCUCUUCAAUGCGUUAAAAGGACGGAUGGUGCGGCCCAGACUGACCAUUUACGUGUGUCAGGAGUCCCAGCAGCUGAGGGACCUGCAGCAGAAGCACGAGGACAGGGACACAGUGACCAGUACUUUUUUUGUGUACCACGCUAUUUAUCUGGAGGAACUGACGGCGGUGGAGCUGACGGAAAAGCUGGCCCAGCUCUUCAGCAUCUCCUCGCAACAGAUCAGCCAGAUUUACAAGCAAGGUCCAACAGGGAUACACGUGCUGAUCAGUGAUGAGAUGAUACAGAACUUCCAAGACGAAUCCUGUUUUGUUCUGGACACCAUGAAAGCUGAAACCAAUGAUAGUUACCACAUCAUCUUAAAAUAGGAGGGGACAGGGUGAGGGACACCCGCCAUCCUCUCGUCGGCGCAUGAAGACCCUUCACUUCCAGCACAAGGACACGAGCAGAGAUCUGGAAACUCCUGGGCACCCUCUGGAAAGACCCCGAGCUGGUGGUUGCUCGGCUGUCUUUCUUGCAGGGCACCUCCUUCCUCUGGUGGCAUCUAAACGACUGUUGAUGGUCACGUGCUGCUUAAUUGCUGGAACUCUGAGGCUGAAGUUGCCAGGUUGCACGCUCGGUAGAAAUUUGCCAUCGGGACCUAAGACCUGCGUGAGGGCUUUUUCUGUGGCAGGUGUGCUCAGCUUUUCUGAGAGGCAUCAGCUCCCGUGAUGCUUGCAGGUUGGCAAGAUAUCAUGAAUUAAACUGGCCCAGCAAAGCCAGCUAGCCCUCAGGCACGUGCUGAGCUGAGCAGGUCUUGCAUACGCUGUGUACUGUGCUGAUGGAGUGGUAGGCUAGGGCUGGGAUUUUCUUAAAAGAUUUUAUUAAGCUUUCAUUUAAUAUUACAAUGCAUCUGUUAGACAACAUUGGUGACUUCUUUUUUCUCCUCUCCCUCCAGCCCGAAAAUGGGGGUGGCUGUGCGGGUGUGGGUGUGGUGCCGCCCUUCCCUGCGCGUGUCAGGUCUUCGUCUGCAGAUUUAGUUGUGUAAAGCUGGAGCAAAACGUGGAGUGAAGCGGAGUUGGAUAAAGAAAUAGUUGACUAGC